GUAGCGACAACACGUAGUUGGAGCUGAGCAGCGCAGUUAUUGCAAUCACGUUGAGCGCGCUGCUGUCUGUUGCAGUGGCAUCGUCCUGACUGUGUGUGAGAGAGGAAGACAUCAAACGACCGUAGUGUUAAGGCUCCAAUUAUUCAUUGUGCCCAGAAGACCAUUCUGCUGCAGUAGCCGUUUUCUGACUCCUUGACAACCAACAAUAACUAUCCUCCGUCUGUCUGCUGAAGGAUACACUUGCUCAUUAAACCAACGACACCUGCACUGGGUUGUUGCUUCUGUUGAACCCCAAAAUUCACCCUGUGUAUGGUUGACAACAUUUCUUCUUGAGUCUUUCGCAGUUCAUUUUCACACAAAAAAUGUGUAUCGUAAUGAUGAGACUGAACUGUUCACCCAUGUGGAGUGUGGUUAGCCUUUUGACUUUGUUGCUAUUACCACUUUGGGAGAUGGGCUGCUCUGGCCUGAGCUUUAACUCAGUGCCCCUGCCGCCGGUAGGGACAUACCAAAGAAGCUGCGAAGGUGGGGCACACCACAGGCAGAGGCGCAGUUGGGUGUGGAACCAGUUCUUCGUGCUGGAGGAGUACACAGGGGACGAGCCACUCUACGUGGGCAAGCUGCACUCGGACGUGGACAAGGGUGAAGGGCAGGUGAAGUACGUGCUCAAUGGCCAGGGAGCUACCUCCAUCUUCACCAUUGACGAGAACACUGGUGAUAUCCAUGCCACCAAGCGUCUGGAUCGCGAGGAGCAGGCUUACUACACACUCCGGGCUCAGGCCAGGAAUCGCGAAAACAACCUGCCCGUGGAGCCUGAGUCCGAGUUUGUCAUCAAGGUCCAGGAUAUUAAUGACAAUGAGCCCAAGUUCCUGAAUGGGCCCUACUCAGCCAGGGUCCCCGAGAUGUCCCCAGUGGGCACAUCUGUGGUGAUGGUGGUGGCAACAGAUGCGGAUGACCCCACAUAUGGAAACAGUGCCAGGGUGAUCUACAGUAUCCUCGAGGGCCAGCCCUACUUCUCCGUGGAACCAAAGACAGGCGUGGUCAAGACAGCUCUGCCCAAUAUGGACCGUGAGGCACGGGACCAGUAUCUGUUGGUCAUCCAGGCCAAGGACAUGGUGGGCCAGAUGGGAGGACUCUCUGGGACCACCUCCGUCAUGGUGACUCUCACUGACGUCAACGACAACCCACCACACUUCUCUCGCAAAAGUUAUCAAUUCAGCAUGUCUGAGUCCCUGCCAGUGGCGUCAGUGGUAGCCAAGAUAAAGACGCUAGACUCGGAUGUGGGGCCCAAUGCUGAGAUGGAGUACAGGAUUGUGGAUGGGGAUGGCCUCGGGUUGUUCCGAAUCACCCCCGACAGAGACACACAGGAAGGCCUCAUCACUCUGCAAAAGGGCCUGGACUUUGAGACCAAGUCGAGCUACACCCUACGUGUCGAGGUGUCCAAUAGAAACAUCGACCUGCGAUUCCUCUCCCUUGGCCCAUUUAGCGACACAGCUACAGUGCGCCUCAUCGUGGAGAACGUGGACGAGCCGCCUGUCUUCUCCUUGCCGCUCAGCAAGAUGUUAAUAUCGGAGGCAGCAAAGGUGGGCACCACCAUCGGGACGGUGUCCGCACAUGACCCCGAUUCCACCAACAGUCCCAUCAGGUACUCAAUAGACCGCAACACCGACUUGGAGCGCUUCUUCAACAUAGAUGCCACCACCGGUGUCAUCAGCACUGCCAAGCCCCUGGACAGAGAAGUCAACGCCAUACAUAACAUCACCAUCUUUGCCAUGGAGAGCUGCCGGUGGUAGCUGGUCCCCUGCAGGACAGUGAGGUGCCGGAGGUCCCCCCCUGGGUACCGGUGGGGGACCUCUUGGAUCCAUCCUUGUUGAGGGAUUUCCAUCGCCUCCAUCCGGAUCGCCCUGCACCUCGUCCUCCAGGCGAGGCCGGU